GAAGCUUGAGAGUCAUUUCCUGAUGCGAGCCAUAUCAUGAUGCACAGAACUUGCUUGAAUUGAUUGCCGCCAAUUUCUCUCGUAAGGAUUUCUUUACCCCUUCUCUGAACCUUGCGACCGAGCCUAGCUAGCUCGCUUAUAAGUAUAGUCAUGACAUGCUUCAUGAUAUUCAUUUUCAUCACCACGCAAGUAUGCUUCCCCCGAGGACAAAAGCAAAUGAUAUUUCGUUUCAGUCAAGCGUGAUAUAAGCGUGCAUGGUGGCAUAGCCAUGGUUAUCAAUGCUCAUCUCUAUAAUACCAUGUGACCUUAUUCAAGGGAUCAGGAACAACUAAAGGUUUUAACAUGACAAUAAAAUUCACUGACUGCCGUCGCCGUCGUACUUUGAGAGGGGAUGCGCCUCACAACAGAACCAACUCAAAACAGUUCGUGUCGUCUGCUAUAGAACUGGAAAGAAUGUUGAACGUUAGUAUUGCUGUGUUCAUUAUUGGAAGCGCUAGUAAAUGAAUCACAUACUAGUUAAACAUUUGCGAAUACCAAGGUGGUGUGGGAAGGUUUUUUUUCUCGAGUUACAGACCAGUCAGCAGCUACACUAUCAGACCAUGAUGUGAAGUGAUCGAAACAUUGCAUUCAGCAGCUCGAAUUCGAAGCUACUCAUGAUAGAGUCAUUAAUUCAUGAAGUUUCCGUCAAAGUGGCUCAAAGCAGGUGAAUCCAUUGAAUGUUUGACAUGAUGAGACUAGAAGAUGGAAUAAGCACCAAAUAUCAUGAAUAUAAAGUGAUAACAAACAUUUUGUCUCGGAAACUGACAAUGCAGCAUCCGAACAGUGGCUAAAUAGAGAGGUGUAUUUCGAUUUAUGUUCAUCAUGAAUUAACAAUAAGAUAACAUGCGACAUCAUGACUGCAAACUUGUCAAAAAAGACACUCAUUUGAAACAACCCUGUGCUUUGCAACUUCUGGCAAGAAUUAUUAACGAUGCUUUACUGUCGUCGUCGUGGCAACCUCUCACUUCGUGCUUUCUAUAAGACUUAUUAACCGAAUAUUGCGGAUCGGUUGCAAUAUUGUAGACAGAGAAGUGCUAUGACGCUCUAUCGUGUAAAAGACGCUAGCAAGUAUGUAUUGACAUAUUUAUUCAUUUAAAGACUUGAUCUGAAAGAAAGAUGUAUUCCAAGAAGGUGACAAGUUCGGAUUCAGACUUUCUGGAGGCUGUCAAUCCAACAUUGGGCAAAACUGCCUACCACAACAAGUGCGCUCCCGAGCCCAAGCAACCACAGCAGCGGGCAGGCGAUCAUCAGCCACGGGCAGGAGCGGCUGGAGGAGGAGGAGGAGGAGGAGGAGGAGGAGGUGCAGGAGUAAGCGGGAGACACACACGGGCUGACUUCAGAGAGUGUAAUUCUGUGAUUGAGGAUAAGACGUGGAGGGAGACGGUUGGCAGGGAGAAGAACGGACAAUUAAGAUGGGACGAAGGCUGGGGGUUUCUCAAGGACUUUGAUCAAAAGGGCAAUCCAAAGGAAAAAACCGAACCACCGAAGAACCUGUCGGUUUUCUCCGAAUCGGUUCCCAACACAUCCAACCAGCGAUUCGGACACAGGCAGAAAUCAGGAGCAGCCAAGGCAAUGGUCGAUCUACAACACAGACUCAGUACGACUAACAGGAAAAAGCAUCACAAAGAGUUGACAUGUUACGACUGAAAAGGCUCAGCGAAACUCGCAAUUUUUAGACUCAUUAGCUAUUUGAGCAAUUUUGAUAGCCAAUCGAACUGGUACCAGUUUUUGGCGUAGCCGUCGAUCGUGCUUUUGUUGGAAUAUUCGAAAUGACAUUGAAAGAGAAUGAAAAACUGUAUCCGGAUAUCCAACGACGUCAAAUCACUCUCCGAUCAUUCGGGAGAUAAAGACUCCUUAUAAUUUGUACAGAGAUCGAAAUGUAAAUUUUUAUAUUAUUUAUCAAAUCAAAUUAUGUACAAAAUGGUUAUGUGUGCCAAAGGACUCGAAAAUGUGGACGUUGUGAGGUGAUUACAUAUAAUAUAUAGCAGCUAUUGAUCAACGAUCAUCGUCAACGAGAUGACAAUGCAGAUACCGGAUUUCGGAUGUAGUGGUCGGAUGCCAGGUUGUUAUCGGAACUUGACUGACAAGGCGUUCAGUUAAAAUCUGAAAUUAAUAGAUGUUGACUGAGUGUGAAUCUUGUUUAUUCGAUCUUUCAAUACAACCGAAACUGAUGAUCAAAACUACAACUAACUCAAGAAUAAUAGAUUGUGUCUUAAAAAGAUAAUAAAAAUAUGAUAUGAGUAUGACACAAUAUGUUACACAGUAAACUCAUUUAAAUGUGGCUAAUAGAUAUGUAAGAAAGUCCCUUAAGUACUUGUUAUCAUAUUGUUCCAAAGGUAUAUGAUAAUGACUAAAAUAAACGAAAUGGGCAAACAACAUGAAAUGCUGAUGACAUUGAUUCUCAACCUGCAAAGUAAAGAAAUAAUUAGAGAUGAAAAGUGAGAAACAAAAUGUAUCCAGGAAACUUAUAGCAGUGUAAACACUUUAAACAUGUCCAAUGUGCAUUUACGCGGCAUCUUUAAUCCAAAUUCAUUACAUGGGACUGAAGUCCACUGAAUCCGGCUUUACUUCAACUGAUAACAGAUAUCAUCUAUUAUGCUGGCAUAGAUGUAAUAGGCAAGCGAUUAGCAUGUGAAUUAGAUUUGAUCUGUUCCACAUGGUAGACGCGCAAGGUCCACCUCUCAUUUUAAUUAGACACUUAAUAAGGCAAUUUAUUUUUAAUACCUCAUUCAUUUCUCGAGGAUGACAAAGGUCCGAUAACAGACGGAACCAAAGAUUAAAUUACACUCAAAGGCCAAUAAUAAGUCGAUUAGAAAUCGACUUGGAGUCGGGUUAGCAGUGUGACCAGGCUGAGUGUGACUGAGGUAUUGUUUUAAAAGAGUUUUAUCUAUUUGCAUUAAAUCAACAUUUACGUGCUAGUUAAUUCCCGAUCGAUGCAUCAGCAUAUUGUUUUUAAAAUUAGCGAGUUACGUAACAUACCAAAUGAUCAGUAACAUAAAUACGGACCGUAUUUAUAUACGGUCAAUUAGUAUCGCACGAUUUAAGUUGACAUUAUUCUGUUUACUGACAACUAUUAAAAAACAAAGUCCAAGCGCCAAUUAAUUGUCUAAGAUAACGUCUUGUGCCAUUAUAUUGUCGUGCAUCAGCAGUGUUAAUCAGCAAACAAAGUCCGAAUAAUACUACUCUAGGCCUAUUUUUCGGGUGAUUGUAAUAAUAGGUCAAUUGUGAAAACAAUACAUUAUAAAGGAAUUUAUAUGCCCAUUACCAUGACAUAGUCAGAUUUUGCAAUGAACGAAUGACAUCACUUUUGCUGAAUUCAUUAGAAAACACAUUCAAUAUGGUCGCAAAUAUUUAUCACGCAUGAAGUUUAGGGUAAAUUCAAUACCUCAUUUGAAUUGCCUUCAGAAAUUAUGUUCAGAUUAUGAAAUAAGUCGGUCAACAUUGUAAUUUUUGCACAUAUUAAUAGGUGGACAGUGCAGAAGGUUAUUGAAAUUGCCCUUGGUUGAUUUUCCGAAAGUCUUUGUGAUCGUGUUAAUCUUACGAUGAUUGAUUUUGCUGAUAAUAAAAAUGAUAUUUCUUCUAUUA